ACUUACCCAGGAUCCUUUGCGUUUCCUCUUUCCUGCCAGCGCCUGAGAAUGGGUAUCUCAAGGGACAACUGGCACAAGCGCCGCAAGACCGGAGGCAAACGGAAGCCCUACCACAAGAAGAGGAAGUAUGAACUGGGCCGUCCAGCCGCCAACACAAAGAUUGGUCCGCGCCGUAUCCAUACCGUGAGAGUCCGCGGCGGAAACAAGAAAUACCGCGCUCUGAGGUUGGACGCUGGCAACUUCUCCUGGGGCUCGGAGUGUUGUACCCGCAAGUCCAGAAUCAUUGACGUCGUCUACAACGCUUCCAACAACGAGCUGGUUAGAACCAAGACCCUGGUGAAGAACUGCAUUGUCCUGGUCGACAGCACCCCCUACAGACAGUGGUAUGAAGCACACUACGCCACACCACUUGGACGCAAGAAGGGAGCCAAGCUGACUCCAGAAGAGGAAGAAAUUCUGAACAAGAAAAGAUCCAAGAAAACCCAAAAGAAGUAUGAGGAGCGCAAAAAGUUGGCAAAGAUCGGCACUCUGCUGGAGGAGCAGUUCCAACAGGGCAAACUGCUCGCCUGUAUAGCCUCCAGGCCAGGCCAGUGCGGCAGAGCUGAUGGAUACGUCCUCGAGGGCAAGGAAUUGGAGUUCUACCUGAGGAAGAUCAAGGCCAAAAAAGGCAAAUAAACGUCUCUCCAACUGUUCGCUCCAAAUAAAAAAAAAAAAUGUAUUAUA